UUGGGGUUUGAAUUAUCCUGUGAAAACAGCGGCAGAUGACAGCAGCCCGUUGCGCUCUUCAGAAGCUAAGUUCGUGCGCUGCUUAGUUAACAUCACCCAAAAAAACAACUUUCUGGGCUUCAGCUUUGCUCACUAUCGUCAAUUGAAGAUGUCGAAAAAGCAGAUUUACUAUUCCGACAAGUACAACGAUGAGGAGUUCGAGUACAGGCAUGUCGUGCUUCCCAAGCAGCUGUCUAAGCUGGUGCCCUCCUCCCACCUGAUGACGGAAGACGAGUGGAGAGGAAUCGGGGUGCAGCAGAGCCAGGGCUGGAUCCACUACAUGAUCCACAAACCAGAGCCACACAUACUGCUUUUCAGAAGACCUCUCCCAAAGGAUUAAAUGGGAACCAUCUGUAAAUGCCUGCUAUCAUCUUUGCUGAUUUGUAUUGUCUCGGGACCAUACAUCUCUCCUACAAACAUCUCUACAUAUGUUCUAAUGUAUUGUGUAGAAAACCUUUAGUUAUGUUUUUUUGUCUUUUCAAACUCCCUCAAUUUUUAGAGGUAAUGAGAGGCAAAUUGAUUCCACUGUGACUGAUGACCUUUCAGACAAUAAGAGGGUGAACAUUUGCCUGUCAACUGUACAUUUUAAUGCCUUUUUUAAAUGUCUUCGAUGCCAUUUUGUUGUAAUUGAUUUAUUUACGAAGUGGUUAUACAGGCGCAGGGUUUUAUUUUUCUCAAACCCAUGAUUUUCACAAAAAAGCUCUCUGUGUUUGAACAUUUGUUGUUCUUUAAACUAUAUUUGUGUUGUGUACAUAAUAUUAUUUCUAGAAAUUAUACAUUUUGAAAGUGAGUCGUGGUUGAUUCAACAAGUCCUUUUUGUUUAUGAAAGAACAAAAUAAAAUGUACUUCUUCA